AUGUCGGAACGGCCUCAAGGCAACCUCCUUCCGCUCAUUCGCGCGGGCCUCAUCGUCUCCAUCUGGCACGACGUCGUCCUCUUCUCCCCCACUCCCGCCGCCGCCAGUCCCCGCUCGUCCCGCAGCAAGCUCCCCGCGCCGCUCAACUUCAUCUGCACGUCCGCCAAGUCCUCCUCGUUCGCCGCGUCGCUCUCGGGUCGUCGCCGUCGCCUGUCGCUCGACGGCAGCGUGCGCGUCGACGACGCGGAGCAGCGCCCGUGGAACGUCGGUAUUAUCCCGCAGACCUGCGUCCUCGCGCCCGUUCCCCCCUCCGAACCGACCCCAACCGCACUCUCCCCCAACGAACCCGUCGCUACGAUCAGGCGCGAUUUCUUCCGCUCGCUUUCCGUGCCUUCUGUCCCGUUCGUCGACCCUCUGAAAGACACCUUCAGCGACACCUCUGGCGACCCAAUCGCCGAGCCCGACGCCGCGUUUCCCGUGAUUCUGGACAACGCGCCGUUGGAGGCGGUGGAGGUGGGCGCAAGGGAGCGCGACCCCGGCGACGUGUUCCCCGUGCUGCCGCUCCUCGCGCUGCCCGUGCGAUUGCGGCCGGGCCUGGGGUCGGAAGUUUCGUGGAAGCUGGUCGUGGUGGCGGCGGACGAUGCGCUUGUCGAGGCGGGGGAGACGGCGGCCGUCGCGGCGACGGCGCUGCCGCAAGUGAAGGCGUGGGCCGACGCGGGAGGGUUCACGACGGUGGGGCCCACCCCAUGGCGGAUCCUCGAAUCCCCGCAGCGCAGCCUCGCGGACGACUGGGAGAAAUUCGCGCGGAAGGCGCAGCGCGUGGUGCGCGAGGCGCACAGCGCGUGGCGGCUGCUCGUCGCGACGCUGCGCCGUCCCUCACUGCAGCGGCGGCACCGCGUGACUGAGGACGCUGUGGAAGGAUGGACGGAGCGCCACGGCCUUGGAGACGAAGGCCGCAGCAGCAGCCUUCUUCAGCUCGUCGCCGCGCGACCCGGCUCCAGCAGCAGCAGGUUCUGCGGAGAGACUAACUGCGGGAGUUGCUGGCAAGGCGUUGGGUGUAGCGGGACCGAACAUCCGUGGGAGGAAAAAGUGACAAGUCAGAGGCGCGUUUUGCCUGCCGCCGCCAAGGUGGAAUCGACGUCCGUCACGUCGGCUCGUGGGUUCGCGCGACGCAAGGGGGCACAGGCGGUGCGGAGAGGAGUAGAUGACGUGGAGCAACGCCCUGCAGCAGCGGGCAUUUUAAGAGACGACGGUGGCGACUCUACGAAAGACGACGCCGCAGCUGAGGACUACCGUAACGAAGUUACGUUCGCGAGACACCAUGAGGAGAACGGAAGGGAGCGCAACGGGGCAACUUGGCAGUUUGAGCGAGCAGGGAGUGACGGCAGUGGCGAUAGCAGCAGUCUUGAAAGGGACAGGGCUGUACUGCCGCACAAUCCGCCGAAACCGUUGCCACUAACCGUUGCCACUAACCGCGUGCAAUCGGGCGCGGCGCCACGUGGAGCACUGGCAGCCACUCCAUUAGCAGCGGUGGCAGUGGUGGGAGGAAUGAUUGGGCGGGUGUGGAAAGCAGUCGAAUUUUCGCGAAGUCUCACAGCGUCAAGGACGGUAACGGAUUAG